AUGUAAUAACACGUUUACAAUUUGGAUCAUUAUAUUUAUCCGCCUUAAACAUAAAUCUAUUAAACUGAAAACUAUUAAAUAGAAAACUAUUAAACAUAAGAAAAAUCACAAUAUUUAAUUAAAUAAAAUAAAAUACUAAGUUAGCCGACAUUUAAAUUAUUUAAAAUUGAGUAAAAACAAAAAUAACUAUUUGGUAAUAUUUUAAGCAAACCAUCAUUAAAUAACGAAAUGUUUUAGAACAAAUAUAAUAUAAAUGAAUUAUUGGAAUUUUAAGAAAGAUCGUUAGAAAACCAAAAAACAGAUGAUACAAUAUAGGAAUAAUAAUAAAAAAAAAAAAAAAUUGUCGAGAAUUUUAAUGAUACAAAUGAAAAAGAAGAAACUAAAAUUAAUAUUUUUAAAUAAAAAAAAUAUGAAAAUUAUAAAAAUCCUUAAUAAGUUUUAGAAUACAGAUCAGAAAUUAUCCAAAACUUAUAUAAAAAAGAAACUGAAAUUAUCAUUUUUAAUUCCUAUUUUUCUUUCUAAUAUGAUAUUACGGAUUGUAUGAGAACUAUUUUAAUAGACUGGCUUGUAUUGGUUAAUUUUAAAUUUAAUUUAUUACCAGAAACCUUAUAUUUAACAGUACAUAUAAUAGAUAAGUACUUAUCAAGAAAAUAAAUAUAAAGACAAAAACUAUAGCUUUUGGGAAUUUCGGCUUUAUUUAUUGCUUGUAAAUACGAAGAAAUAUAUCCGCCUUCUCUUUAGGAUAUUUGUAAUAGUAUAAAAGGGAUUUUUUACAAAGGAUAAAUUUUAUAAAUGGAAGGAGAUAUUAUUUAAAGCUUAAAUUUCGAAAUUACUUUUCCAAGUAUUUUCAGGUUUUGUGAAUAUUUUUGCUGCUUCUUUAAUUUUUAAGAUUAAGAAAAAUUUCUGGCUUUUUAUUUUUGUGAAUUGGCACUUUUAGAAAUUGCUUUUUAAUAGUUUAGAGGGUCUGUUGUGGGAUUUUCAGCUUGCUUUUUAAGUUUGAAGAUUUUAAAAAAUGAGUGUUUAUGGAAUUUUUCGGGUAAUAUGGAAAUCCAUGAAGAAUUAAAUGAAGAUAGAGUUAGGUGCUGUGUAAAAUAGAUAGUUUAAUUAGAAAGAAAAAUAGAAGAUAAUUUUUAAUAUUAAAAUAUUAAAAAAAAAUAUUCGUAAAAUUAGUUUUUGUGUGUUGGAUAAAUUGUUUUGGAUAAAAAAAAAAAAUAGGAGUGA